ACGUCUAUCAGAUAAGACUAGAGAAACCUGAACCUAUCUUCCCUAACUUCAGACACGUUCUUCACAAAUUUGAGCAGCUCUGACUGGCCUGCAGUACCUCGGCUUCCACAACGAGGGCGCUGGUGGGCGCCGCUUGCCUGCGAGUCAGCGCUGCGGGAGUCAAACCCACGACUCCCCGGACAAGAUGGCUGCCGUGGUUGAGAAUGUUGUCAAACUGUUGGGGGAGCAGUACUACAGAGAUGCCCUUGAGCAAUGCCACAGUUACAAUACCCGCCUGUGCGCCGAGCGCAGCGUCAGGCUGCCCUUCCUGGACUCCCAAACCGGCGUGGCCCAGAGCAACUGCUACAUCUGGAUGGAGAAGAGACAGCGAGCUCCAGGUGCAGCUCCAGGCCAGCUGUACACCUAUCCUUCCAGAAGGUGGCGCAAGAGACGCAGAUCUCAACCACCUGAGGACCCAAGACUCAUCUUCCCUCCGGUCAAGUCAGAGAUGGACCUGGGACUGAGGAAGGAUUCCCUUUUGUCCACUGAUGGCAGCAGUCUGGAGGCUUUGCUCAAGGGCGACUCCCUGGACAAGCGUUCCACCGCAGACCCUCGUGGGCCUGAAGAAGACUCCGGUCCGGCUGAGCUCACCCCAGCCAUGAACCCGGCCACUCGGAUCAGAAAGAAGAUCCUGGACCCUGAAGACUUCCUGGAUGACCUGGACGAUGAAGACUACGAGGAAGACACGCCUAAGAGACGCAGCAAAGGGAAGGGGAAGGGUCGCGGAGCAGGCAGCGCCAGGAAGAAGCUGGACCCAGCAGCUCUGGAGGACCGCGACAAGCCGUACGCCUGCGACAACGCUUUCAAACAAAAGCUCUUUCCCAAACCUUCUGAACGAGUUUGCGGCAAGCGCUACAAGAACCGCCCGGGCCUGAGUUACCACUACACCCACUCCCACCUGGCAGAGGAGGAGGGCGGCGAGGAGAGGGACGAGCUGGACCUGAACGAGCCACCGGCACCGACACCACCAGGACAGACUAAGGCUGUCAAGAGAGGUCCAGACGGCCGGGCGCUGCCCAACAACUACUGUGACUUCUGCUUGGGGGACUCCAGAACCAACCACAAGACGGGCCAGUCCGAGGAGCUGGUGUCCUGUUCGGACUGCGGGCGCUCAGGUCACCCGUCCUGUCUGCAGUUCACUCCUAUCAUGAUGGCGGCGGUGAAGACGUAUCGUUGGCAGUGUAUCGAGUGCAAGUGCUGCAACAUGUGUGGAACCUCAGAGAACGAUGACCAGCUGCUGUUCUGCGACGACUGUGACAGGGGCUACCACAUGUACUGUCUGAAACCACCGAUGUCAGAACCACCGGAAGGGAGCUGGAGCUGCCACCUCUGCCUGGACCUGCUCAAAGACAAAGCCUCCAUCUACCAGAACUCCAACAUGCCGCCGUUGUGAUGGCUGCUGUGACCGGCCAGCCGGGGGGAACUAAACUGCUCUGCUCAGACAGAACCGACUGCCGGACCUGCUUCAUCAGUGGCUGGUCACAUGGUCUGUCCUGCUGUCCCCUUGUUGACGUCAGCGUUUGUCCGUCAGAUUAAUCUCCUCCAAGUACAGCACCGGCUCAAACUGGUUUUCCUCCAAAAUGAAGAAGUAUAUUUCAGUUCAUUCAGUCUGAUCGGCCUGGCGGAGCUGCCCCGCCUCUGACUGGGCCAAGUUCUAUGUCUGUUCACCCAAGGACUUUAUUUACACUUAUCUCCACUAGAGGGCGCUGCCGCCUCCUCAACAGUGACUGAAGCAACGGCACUCGAGCUUUACUGCCAUCAACUUUUGGGUCUAAUGUCAGGCAGGAAGUGACACGUCAACUCUGUAGAAGGUUUCCCAGUCAGAUCAGACGAUGCAACAGAGUCAGACACGAGUGAAGUGUGACCAGGUGAGGUCACCACAGGAGCAGGACAAA